AUGAUCGAGUUGGUGCAAUAUCACGGUUAUCCAAUAGAAGAGCACAUUGCAACAACAACUGAUGGCUAUCAUUUGCUACUCCAUCGAAUUCCGUUCGGUGUCAACGAAAACGGAAAGAAUAAAUAUCAUCGGCGUCCAGUUAUCUUCCUACAACACGGCUUCGUUGGAUCGAGUGCAACAUGGGUCACUAAUCUACCAUCACAGUCUGCAGGGUUCGUGUUCGCAGAUAGCGGCUUUGACGUUUGGAUGGGUAAUGCUCGAGGCAAUACGUAUUCACAAGAGCAUAAUCGGUUCACUCGGAACGAUGAUGAAUACUGGAAAUUUACGUUCGAUCAAAUAUCAAAAUACGAUCUUGAAACAAUGAUUGAUAAGGCGUUGAAUGUGAGCGGUCAGAAGCAACUCUCCUAUGUGGGGUAUUCGGAAGGGUGUGUUACGAUGCUCGCAAAACUGGCCAUUGAUCCAGCGUUUUCAGCAAAGGUUUCGAAAUUUUUCGCUCUCGGUCCAAUGACAUCAAUGGUGCAUGCGCGUGGUCUUGUCGCAUUCGUUUUAAACCAUUUAAAAACGCCUUUGCAAAUCUUAUCACUUUUAAGCACAGAAUUCAUGUCGAACUUCGGUUUCUUUGGAAAACUCACUCGUUAUCUUUAUACGUAUCCAUCGAUGACCGCUAUUUGUGACUAUUUGCUGCUUCAAAUUGGUGGUGAAAUCACGAACCAAACUCGAAUGUCAGUUUAUCUAACUCACAUUCCUGGUGGGACUUCAACUGCAAAUCUUAUUCAUUGGACUCAACUGGCCGAUACUGAGCAUUUGCGAAUGUUUGAUUUUGGUACCGAACAAUUGAACAUUUUCCAUUAUGGAACGCCCAAGCCACCAGUCUACGAAUUCGAUCGUAUUUCCACACCAACUUACAUAUACUGGAGUGACGCAGAUUGGUUUACAGAUGAACGUGAUAUCAAGAACAGUAUCAUUGAUCGAAUGCGACCUGAAUACCUUGUCGAAAGUAAUCGUCUUGUGAAUUUCAAUCAUUUUGACUAUGUUUGGGGUGUUGAAGCGGCCGAACAAAUCUACAAACCGAUCAUUAGUAGAAUAAGUGGUUAUUAG